AAACAGAGAUCAGAACGAAGGCUUUCCUGGAUCUCCCCCUUCAUUCACACUUUCCACCUUGAAAAACGGUAAGCAAUCUCACCACCGUAUCGAUCCGCAUUGUCUCCGCAUUUCACGAUUUCGCUCUCCGAUCAGUUUUUGCCGCUUGAUCUUUACUCAUCGAAUUAUAGAAUUGAUUGGUAAUCAAUUUAUUCAGCGCAACAUGUUGGUGGUUGAUGAAGUGAAGUUUGUAUUAGUGAUUGUCCGAUUUAAUUCACAGCUUAUUUAGGAUUGAAAUCAAAUGAUGAAUGGACCCUGAUUCUGGUGAUUCAGCUAAUCCUCAAUCUGUUAAGGAUGCUGAUGUUGAGCCUCGUAAACCCACUCCCGCUGAACAUGAUGCCCCCGUCCAGGACACUACUUCUGUGUUGUCCACCUCAGCCAUAUCUUCUUGGGCGAAAGGUCUUAAGCUUCCGCAACCCCUAGCCACAUCGUCACCGAGUUCACAAGAAGGAAAUUCUGCUAAAUCUGCAUUUUCACGUCUAACAAGUGGAUUCGGGUUAAGUUUUCCUUCCAAGCAAAAUGAAAGUGCAGAAGGCAAAUCUGCUAAUGGACAAUCGGGUGUUUUUGAAUCUUUCACUAAAGGCAUUGUUGAUUCAUCUCUGGGUGCGGUUAAGGCAGUGCAACUUAAGGCGCGCCAUGUUGUUUCACAGAACAAGCGAAGAUACCAGGAAGGAGGAUUUGAUUUGGAUAUGACCUAUAUAACUGAGAACAUUAUUGCAAUGGGAUUUCCUGCUGGAGAUAUGAGUUCUGGAUUUUUUGGAUUUGUUGAGGGUUUCUACCGAAAUCACAUGGAAGAGGUGAUCAAAUUCUUUGAAACUCAUCACAAGGGGAAGUACAAAGUAUACAAUCUUUGUUCAGAGAGACUGUAUGAUGCUUCUCUGUUUCAGGGAAAGGUUGCUAGUUUCCCUUUUGAUGAUCACAAUUGCCCUCCUAUUCAUCUUAUCAAAUUGUUCUGCCAUAGUGCUUAUUCAUGGUUGAAGGAAGACAUUCUAAAUGUGGUGGUUGUCCAUUGCAAAGCUGGGAUGGCAAGGACAGGAUUGAUGAUCUGUAGUCUUCUUCUGUUCUUAAAGUUUUUCCCCACAGCUGAGGAAUGCAUUGAGUAUUAUAACCAGAAAAGAUGUGUUGAUGGAAAGGGUCUAAUUCUCCCCAGCCAGAUUAGAUAUGUGAAGUAUUUUGAGCGCAUCAUGAUGCAUUUCAAUGGUGAAACUCCUCCUGGACGUAGGUGUAUGCUGAGGGGGUUUCGACUGCAUAACUGUCCUUAUUGGAUCAGACCUUCCAUCACCAUAUCGAAUCAUAGCGGAGUUCUAUUUACAACUAAAAAGCAUCCUAAGACAAAGGACCUCAUGCCUGAAUACUUUUGGUUGCGCUCUGCAAAGAAAGGGAUUGUUGUCUUUGCUCUACCUGGGGAACCGGGCUUAACAGAACUGAUUGGGGACUUCAAAAUUACUUUUCACGAAGGCCAAGGAGACUUUUAUUGUUGGUUGAAUACUACAAUGAUGGAAAACAGAUUGAUUUUAGAUGCCUCUCAACUUGAUGGAUUUGAUAAGAGGAAAUUGCCGUCACCUGGAUUUCAAGUUGAGAUAGUGAUGAUAGACUAUAACGGUACACUUCCGAUGAAAAGUAAAGCUGCUGAUUGUGGAGGAGUUAAAGGGUCAGAUGGAGCAGGAGGAAGUCAUUCAACGGCAACUAGUAGGAAUGAUGUCAAGCCUGCUCAGGUUGAGGUACCUGCAAAACAAGAUAAUGAUGAUGAUGUCUUUUCAGAUGAUGAAGCAGAGGAAUCCGCGCCCUCGAGGAGAAGCACAAGCAAUGCAGCUUCAGGUUCUGCUGGUGUAGCUUCUGCACCCCCUGAAUCCGGUACUGCAGGCAAUCAAAUUGCCUCCCUAACCCAUAACACUGAACAACUUUCACUUGAGAGCAAGGAAUCAAAUACUGCUAAAGAAAUGAGAUUUGGUGACAGUUCUGGGGAUAUAAAGGCCAUUGCAGCAGAUGCUUCUGUUUUCAGCUUUGGAGAUGAGGAGGAUUAUGAAAGUGAGUGA